AUGGAAAACCAAUCCAGUGUCUCUGAGGUUUUCCUACGAGGAAUAUCUGGGUUUUUAGAGCACCAGCAGCUACUCUAUGGACUUUUCCUGUGUAUGUAUCUUGUCACCUUGACUGGGAAUGUGCUCAUCAUCCUGGCCAUUGGCUCUGACCCACACCUUCACAUGCCUAUCUUUUUGGCCAACCUGUGCUUCACUGACAUGGGCUUAAUAUCCUCUACAGUGAUCAAGAUGCUGUUUAAUGUUCAGACUCAACGCCAUACCAUCUCCUAGACUGGAUGUCUCACCCACACGUAUUUCUUCCUGAUGUUUGGUGACCUGAACAGCUUCUUCCUGGCUGUGAUCGCCUAUGACUGCUUUGUGGCCAUCUGCCGCCCUCUCCACUGUUCCACAAUCAUGAGUACCCGAGUCUGUGCCCCGAUGUUUGCCCUUUGCGGAGUCACCCACAUAGUUGUCCAGGCUCACACUCUCCUCAUGGCUCCGCUGUCCUUCUGUGUUGUUGGGGAAAUAGCUCACUUUUUCUGUGCUUUUAUUACUCCUGUUCUGAAGCUAUCGUGCUCUGACGCUCAUGUCCAUGAGCUAAUGGUUUUGGCCUUAAGAGGCAGAGUACUCAUGGUCCCCUUUGUAUGCGCUGUCAUUUCCUAUGACAUUGUAUUUGCCAUCCUGAGGUGGGGCACACGGGCCUUUUCUGCCUGUAGUUCCCAUCGCUGUGAGGCCUGUGUUUUCUAUGGGACACUCUUCAGUGCCUACUUGCGCCCUCCCUCUGUAGUCUCUGCAGAAAAGGGCUUUGCAGCUGCUGUAAUGUAUACAGUGGUCACUCCUAUGUUGAACCCCUUCAUCUAUAGCUUGAGGAACAAAGACAUGAAAGAAGCUCUAAGGAGGCUCCUCUGCCAUAAAAUAUGA